AUGACUAGUAAUUUACCCAAAGACGCCGGUGAACUUUUCCACAAGGGAGCCGAGUAUGACUUCGAAGGUGCCACCUUCUACGCUUAUGGCGUAGGCGUCACAACAGAAAUGGUCCAACAGGCAUGCGACGAUGCGGCCGCAAGCUACCUGAAGCAUAUAAGUAUGGACAACCCACAAUUUUUCACGGUUGGGUCUACAGGUCAAUUGCAAUUUCUGAGCGAUUGUAUCAACUUGUACGUUGAACGACUUCGUCUUACCUUGGAUGCAGCGGAUGCAACUCACUCUAAUGAAUCAUUGCCGAUGUAUCCACAUGGCUUCAUUAUUGUUCUAGACGCCAACACAGCCAUGCUAGCUCUUGCCUGCAAGCUACAAGGCAAUUGGAGACUGGAGUUUUGUACUAUUCCCAUCCAUAUCGAACUAUGUCAAGCGAUUCAGGACCUGCGAAGGGGGAACACAACAGCCCAAGACAUUAUCGUCAGGUAUACGAAAUUUCGAGAAGUACGGGACCGGGUGAGCCAGAUCGACAACCCGCCAUUCAAUACCCAUGGAUGGGCAUUCAUUCUCUUCACCACGGGGCUCCAUCCUGCACUUCCCUUGCUGGCCAUGAUUGAUCCAGCAAUAGAAUAUUACCCAUCUUCUGAAGCAACACUACAACUUGGGACCCAGUCCCAGAUCUCCGAGCAGAGAAUGAGGCAAAUAUUCCCUCUUGCCGUGCGAGACGACAGGCGAAGAGGUUGGCGAACAAACGGCAUGAUGCUCCACAGCAAAGUUUUCAUUUACUGCGACAAUGACGACCCAGGCAUGAAGGGAGUUGCAGUUGUGCGAGUUGACUGGGAUGGAUUUCUUGAUAGACAGGACACGGAGCUGAACGAGGCGUUUGACAAGGCAGAUUAUCAGGUGAAGCGGGCGUCAGUCGGCAAUGCUUUGGAAAAGGCAUUACAUUCGCGCUUUUCAUUAAUGAUGCUCGGCCAGUUGGUUGCCAGCUGGCAAGGGCCCCAGCGAGGCGACCCUCUACUUCUGCCCCCAGAGGACUUUGAUUUGGUUGCUGAAAAGAACCCUAUUGCAACGCAGGCCGGGGCAGAGAAGAGUCAGUACGCAGCACACCGGGCUCCGGGCCUCCCCCUGCCCCUGCCCCUGCCCCAUAAUUACACUCUCGCUAGAGUAGAUGGAGCUCGGAGGAUCACGGCGAUCGGAGCUCCGGCUGCGCGAAACAAUCUGCCGCCACAUCUGCCGCCUCUUAUUCCACCAACCCAGCCAGCACGCCUGCCAGAAGGUGAUAAGCUUGGUGAGAGGACACAGACACAGACUACCACAGACGAGCAGGUAGUCCUGUCUCCAACCGGCGCCAAGGAGAAUACGGAGCUGGGCAAGGAGGAAUAA